UAUCUUUCUGACUGCGGCAUUGAACAACUAGAUCCGGGCAUCUUUGACGACUUGACUAGCUUGGUUCGCCUUGAUCUUUCCCAUAACAAGCUUACUAGCCUUCCGCCCAGACGACCCGGCAGAUGGCGCAUGCCUUUCGGGUCCCGUAUUCCAAGAUCGUCGACAGAAUCUCUUCCCCCGUCUGCACUGGUUCCUUUGAUAUGGCCACCAGCGGCCUGUCCCCCCGACAAAACGCAGCAGGCCCAUUUGCCAUAUUGGAAGAAGAAAUCAGAAAGAAAUGCUCGCGAUGUGCAGAAGCAAACUUUGCCACCCGACCUGGUUGAAUUGGAUGACAGCGAAGGGAAUGUCGACGAGAUAAAGGGUGUAGAAGACGAAGAAUAUAGAAAAGGUGACGGGUCAGCAUUUAGUGAAAAUCGAGUGGCAACAGAGGCCCCAGCGGAAUUAGAACAUGAAGCCAGGAUGUUAGAAAAUCACGGAAAAGUAGAAAUGCGUGGUGCCUUUCAGCGUCUAGGCAGGCUUGAUUACUUGUCACUGUCUGGCAACCGACUUACCGGGCUUGCGGAGACCAGUUUUUCAGGACUCGUUUCGCUCAAGACUCUGUAA